AUGUCACCCAACUCGCCUUCAAGUACAAACUCGUCAAAUCUUUGGCGAUCUUUCGUCCAAGGAACCACAGACGUCAAGACUCACCACACAGUAGCGACAAAUGAAGACAAAGACACUCUUCUCUCCCCCAACUACCUCGAAGAAGUAGACAAACUACAAGUUUCUCGCGAGACUCUCGUACCCGAUAAAGGCCAGAAAUCCACCCCCAAGCGCAUCAUCAUCUGCUGCGACGGAACAUGGCAAUCUUCCGUCAGCGGCCAACAGAACAUCCCAUCCAACGUGACCCGCCUGGCCCGCUCCGUCGCGCUGACGGGAUUCAUCAGAGAGGAUGGAAAAGAGGACAGCAUCUGUCAACAGGUUGUCUUUUACAGCGCCGGUGUCGGCACGGGCGGUGGCGUGAAUAUUCUCGAGAGGGGCAGGCAAGCUACUUUUGGCGAUGGUCUGGUGGCCAGCGUUAUCGAGGCGUAUAACUUCAUCGUCAUGAACUAUGCCCCACACGAUCAACUCUUCUUCUUUGGGUUCUCUCGAGGGGCGUACACGGCUCGCUCGGUUGCGGGUCUCAUCACCGACAUUGGAAUCAUUCAGCCCCAGGAGAUGGAUGACUUCCCGGCUCUGUACGACCUCUACCGAAGACAUGGCCAUAAUGACAGCUUCAACUUCCGUUCAUCGAAGGAGUACCGACAGUGGAUCACCGGUGUUCGCGCACAGGGACUCGAAUACCGGCAGGGUCACGAGCAAGAAAACCACCACUGGGACCAAAAGCCGCAUAAUCUUCCUCCAGAGUUUACGAGAGCCAUUGAGGUCGUUGGGGUAUUUGAUACCGUCGGGAGCUUGGGUGUUCCAGGCUUGACCUGGACCCAGAGUGCGACUACCAAAAUCGCUAGACUUGCCCCAUGGCUGGGCGUCGAUGACCUUGGAUUUCACAACCCUUCACUGAGUAGAUAUAUCAAGCAUGCGUACCAUGCAAUAGCCCUUGACGAGCAUCGGCAGCCAUUCACGCCCACCUUGUGGCGUCUCCCUCUCCAGAAGGAGCAAUGCCCUGACUGUUACGGACAGCCAAAAGGCCAGCUUGCCAAAAAGUUCAGGUCACUUUUGAAAGCGAACUCGAAGGCCACAGAAGACGAGCUCUCCCAAGCAUGGAAGGCCUUGAUUGAGCGUGAGAUGGCGGAUCAGUUGAACGGCGAUCAACCUGAGUUGCGGCAAGUCUGGUUCCCUGGCGGCCACAUCAAUAUCGGAGGCGGCAACCCAGGCCUUCUCUACGGCUUCCCCUUCGAUUUCGAGCAAAUUGCUCUUAUUUCCUUUACAUGGAUGUGUGACCAGAUCAAGACCUUCAUCCAACUAGACGACGAGCACGGAUACAAAGAUGGGAAGUAUACAAUGUCGACGCUUGCCGAUCGAGAAAUCUCAUCUCGAAAUCGGCUCAUACACCGCUCGCGCCAUCAGCAACCCUUCGGUGUGAGCUGGGUGGUGCAACGUAUUCGUCAAGGGCUGGACUACGGCAAGCUUUACGAGAUGUUUUUCAAGGCUCAUUCGUACGACCCGGAAGACGCCUGGGCCACGGGGCCAAUCGUAGACAUUUUCGCGCCCAUCAUGAGAGCUGUGCCAUUUUUGUCAACGUUUAGAACUCCUGGGGAGUACAAGAAAGACGAUGUCGGCAAUGACCUCGGCCAGACGAAUGAGGAGAUUCACCCCUCUGUCAACUACCGCGUGGCGAAUCACGCUACAUACAAUCCUAGAUCCCUGGAGGGGUUCAUCAGAUCGAAGAAGAUAGCGAGCAAGGGGAAGAAGAUUGACUUCUUGUACGAGUGGAAGAAGGGCGAUGUUGUCGUGCCGGAAUAUGUGAUCAAGCCAGCCGAUCUAAUCGCCCGCCGAUUAGCCGAGGUUUCGACCGGGGGCAAUAAGUUUGUCGAUGCGCUGGUUAAGAGGGCUGAGGUCGCACUGCAGCGUAGCUGA